UUCCGGUCCUGCGCCGUUUCUGGAGCGGAUUGGAACCCGGAGUCAGGAUUCGCUAAAUGAAGGGUCUUUUGCAGAAAAGGUUGGCAUAAUGGCUGAGCCAGAUGAGUUCAUCUGGUGUGAGGACUGUGGCCAGUACCAUGACUCCGAGUGUCCUGAGCUGGGACCGCUGGUGACCGUCCAGGACUCCUUCGUCCUCAGCCGGGCCCGGUCGUCUUUACCAAACAGCCUGGAGAUCAGACCGGUGGCUGAUGGACAGGAGGGGGUGUUUGUCCUGCGCCGGCUGGUCAAGAGGACCCGGUUUGGGCCCUUUGAGGCGAAGAGGGUCCCCCACCUGGAGAGAGAAGGAGCGUUCCCUCUUAAGAUCUUCCAGAAGGAUGCCGUGGUCAUGUGUUUUGACUCCAGCAGUGAAGAAGACUGCAACUGGAUGAUGCUGGUGCGACCUGCCACUGACCACAAACACCAGAAUCUGACAGCCUACCAGCAGGACGAUGACGUGUACUUCAACACCUCCCAGGAUGUGCUCCCAGGAACAGAGCUGAGGGUCUGGUAUGGAGCUUUUUAUGCCAAGAAGAUGGAGAAGCCUGUGCUUAAGCCUCCAGUUCAACCAGCACCUCCACCAGAGGUGACAGAGUGCUCGGAGAAAACUGGAGCUCACAUGCCCCCAGUGGCUGGAGAAAACAGUGCAGGCAACAUGCUGAGUCAUCUGGACGAGGUGAAGACAGCACAGAUGCUUCCGGUCGACCCGCUCCUGCCCCAGGAGGAGAGCCUGGUGGGCCCUGAUGAGGAGGAGGGGGACCUCCCCACAGCUCAGGCGGUCCCCAAGAGAGGGCAUGGCCGAGGGAGGAGAGCUAAGGGACGCAGGCUUGGAGCUGCAGCUACUGCGAGCAAACACAAAGAUGUGAAGCCGUCAGUGGAGAGUUCAGAGCCAGUGGCCUUAGAGGCAGCAGCAGCAGCAGCAGCAUCAGAGAGCAGCAGCCUGCUGAGCACUCCAGACAGCGGGGCCAUCCUGAAGAGACACAAAGCCAGAGAGCACAAGAGGGUGUACCACUGCUCCCUCUGCAACAAGGUCUUCCAGAACAGCAGCAACCUCAACAGACACAUCCGAUCUCACGGUGACAAGCUGUUCAAAUGUGAUGAAUGUGACAAGUUGUUCAGCCGCAAGGAGAGUCUGAAGCAGCACAUCUCUUACAAGCACAGCAAGAACAUGCCUGACCUGGAGUACAAAUAUAAAUGCAACACGUGUGAGAAAUCCUUUCGCCUGGAAAAUGCCUUAAAGUUCCACAACUGCCGGACAGACGACAAGACGUUCCAGUGCGAUAUCUGCUCGCGGUUCUUCUCCACCAACAGUAACCUUUCCAAGCACAAGAAGAAGCACGGCGAGAAGCUCUACUCCUGUGAAAUCUGCAACAAGAUGUUCUACCGCAAAGAUGUGAUGCAGGAGCACCACAGGAGGCACGGCGUGGGACCAAAGCACAUGAAGAGAGAAGAGCUGGAGGCCAACGGAGAAGAAGGGACCAGGUACAGGAAGGAGCCGUCGCCCUGUCCCAUCUGUGGCAAGGUGUUCUCCUGCAGGAGCAACAUGAACAAGCAUCUGUUGACUCACGGUGAUAAGAAAUACACCUGCGAGAUCUGCGCUCGCAAGUUCUUCCGCGUGGACGUCCUUCGAGAUCACAUCCAUGUUCACUUCAAGGAUAUCGCCUUGAUGGACGAGCAGGAGCGAGAGGGCUUCAUCAAGAAGAUCGGCAUCUCAGCAGACGACAGUGACGAAACGGACGAUGAUGAAGAAGAGGAUGAUCCCGAGCACCAUAAGUACAACUGCAAGAAAUGCCAACUGUCAUUUGCAAAGGGCAAAGAGUACCUAAAGCACAUCAUGGAGCAGCACAAGGAGCGAGGCUACGGCUGCGGGAUCUGUAACCGACGCUUUGCGCUGAAGGCCACGUACAACGCUCACCUGGUCAUCCACAGAGAACAGCUGCCUGACCCUGCAGUGCAGAAGUACAUCCAUCCGUGUGAAAUAUGUGGCCGAAUCUUCAAUAGUAUUGGUAACCUGGAGAGACACAAGAUCAUCCACACUGGGGUGAAGAGCCACAGCUGUGACAAGUGUGGCAAAUCAUUCGCAAGGAAGGACAUGCUGAAGGAGCACCUCAGGGUUCACGAUGACAUCCGGGAUUUCCUGUGUGCAGAGUGUGGGAAAGGCAUGAAGACCAAGCACGCUCUGCGGCACCACAUGAAGCUUCACAAGGGCAUCAAAGAGUACGAGUGUAAGGAGUGUAACCGCAAGUUUGCCCAAAAGGUCAACAUGCUGAAACACUACAAGAGACACACGGGUAUAAAGGACUUUAUGUGUGAGCUGUGUGGAAAGACGUUCAGCGAGAGGACAACUCUGGAAACACACAAGCUCAUCCACACAGUGGGUAAGACGUGGACAUGUGCGACGUGUGAUAAGAAAUACCUGACCGAGUACAUGCUGCAGAAGCACGUCCACCUCACUCAUGAAAAGGUGGAGGCCCAGUCGUGUCAGCUCUGCGGAACCAAGGUGUCCACCCGCGCCUCCAUGAACCGACAUCUGCGACGCAAACACCCAGAGGUGGUGUCUGUAAGAAUAGAUGAGUUUGAUGAUCUUCAGGAACCCUCGACAAUCAAUGAUUCUUCUAUCAGCAUUGUGCAGCCCACUCUGACCCUGGAAAAAGAUGGCAUGCCUCAGGAGAGGCCCAGCCGUCCUUCCCGACACCCCAAGAAGAAGCAGAGAGUCCCAGCUGAGCCAGAGCUCUCCGAGUCUGAUGAAUAUGUUGAUUUCACCGAGCCGCGGCACGAGCACAGAAUGCUCGCGGCAGAGCAAAUGGCAGAAUUCAACGCUGUCAUCGUCGGCGAUGAGCAUGAGACAAGCUCUGCUGUGCAGAGUAUCCAACAGGUGGUGGUCCUGGCUGACCCCAACGCUCCAUCAGCCUCCUCACCCAACAGCUCGGUGGGGCUGACCAACAUCACAGUCACUCCCAUCACCAGCCACACCCCCGCCCAGUUCACCAGCCUGCAGCCUGUAGCCGUGGGCCACCUGACAGCCAGCGACCGGCCCCUCACCCUGGACAACUCCAUCCUCACCGUCACCUUCGACACCGUCAGCGGCUCCGCCAUGCUUCACAACCGACCAGCCGAACUCGUCCCGGAGACGGUGGGCCCCGGCGGAGGUGCGGCACCCCAGUCUGUCGCCCACUUCAUCAACGUCACCACUCUGGUCAACCCCAUGAGCCACCAGCUGGAGGCCCCGACUCUGGCUUGGAGGCCCAUACCGGCGGGCGAAGGUGGCCAGGUCACCCCUGUGGUGGAGGGCACUCAGGGGGAGAGUCAGGAGGCCCAGAGUCAGGGCCCGGAGCCAGGCCGGCCCGUCCAGAGCCAGCCGCCCACCCCGCAGCAGCAGAGCGGCUCCACACAGCAGAUGUUCAGCUACUAGGGCAGAGACUGGAGGUGCUGGCCACCUCACGCUCACAUUGUAAUAUAGUAGAGUAGAUUUUAUCAAACUGUAUGAGCUUUGAUCACUGUCACCCUGAUGCCUCUCCAGCCCCACGAAGUGAAUGAAAUUGUAAUGAUUUUUUUCUUUUUUUAUAUACUGUUAAAACACAGUUGCUGUUGAUAUUUACCAUAAUAUUUAAAAAAUAGAGAAACGGUACAUUUCGCCAAAAUCACUGACACUCCUCUGGAACAUUUCAAACCAAAGCAACAUGUUGAAUAUUCAAAUGCCUUACCAGCCUUUUAAAAACGUGCAUGUUUUCAAGUUAAACCUGCUGCUGGAACAACAAAAUAUGAAAAUGUACCAACCUGGAAGAGAAGACACAUUUGGUGCAGUGGACGGUUUAAGUGAAAAACACUUCGACCGGGUCUUGUGACAUGUAAUGGUUGGCGUAUUCCUAAAAGUGGCUCACUCAUGAAAUGUUAUUUUUGAAUGCUGUAAACUGUAAUUAUUGUCCAACUGUCUGGGAGAAAAUACUGGAAGAGUUUUUGUACUGUUAUUUUUAAACAAAAUGCCUCUUUAAAAACA